CAGCCUUGUUGGACUGUGUGUCGUGAGUCUAUGGGAAAGAUUGCUUCUAUCCGCGAAAUAAUCGUUAUUUUAAACACAUCUCUCAUGAUUGAAUUACGUUCUGUGAACGCAAAUUAAAAGUCCACUAUGGAAGGAAACAGUUUUGCCAACCUAGCAUAUGGUGAUGUGGCUCAACGAUUUGGAAGUACCAGUGCUCUAUCGACGCUUGCUCCCAUUCCUCAGAAAUCCAAGUACCGUGAACUGAGUCCAGAUGUGUCAAACUUUCCCAACUAUGAAUUGAGUAGUAAUUUUCCCCCCAAUGAUGUUCCAGAAGAAUUUGAUCAACAGUUGAGUAUGAGAGACUCAAAACUACAUCAGGAUUCUCACUAUGAGGGAAUUAGUUCUGAAGAAGGACUUGUUCCUCAAGUAUCGAGAACACAGUCCCAACCCAGAGAUGACUACGUACAGCCUCAGGAACAAGGUAGAGGUUGGUCGUCACAUGAACGUGCCAUAAGUCAUGAUCAGGAUUAUUCUGAUAGAAGUUCUGUUCCUAGCAAUAUUGGGUGGAAGUGGAAUGUGCACUCAAGAAGAGAUGAUGUCGAAGUUUAUGCAAUUGCUAGAAUACUAGAUGUGCAGUUGGGAAAGGGUAAAGGUGAAGAACUACGCUACAGAGAUCCCAAAAACCAUUGGUGUAGCAAGUGUAACCGUUAUUAUCGUAAACUGGAGGAGUUUCUUCUACAUCUGCAUGAAAGAUGCCAUGGGCAUGAUACUAAACCAAUGGAUCUAUCUGAUUUUAAAGAGAGUCCUUGGCAAACAUUACCCAGGCUGACAUUUCGUAAAGAAAAGGGGAAUAAAUCUCAUGAGUUUGUUACAGAAAAGUAUGAAUAA